AGACAUGCGCCGUGGUGGUUGGAGAAUCUUCAAUGAAGUUUACACUUUUACAGUAUUGGCAGAUUAACCUGAACCCUGAACCUGAACGCACGUUCGAGAGUCGAGACAUUUUAUCGUCUGCUUCGGUUGCUGAGAAUUUGCAUUUUAUUGAAAUUAAGAAGUUUCAUAUUAAAAAAUGUUCCGUCAUCUUUUAAGGCCAGUACUUCAAACUACGCGAAGUGGUACACGUUCUUCAUCUCACAUUCCCCAUGAUGUCAGGCCACCAACUAUGGAUGAAGUAAUUGUUCCAAGUGGUUCAUGGCAAGAACAUUACAAUAAAGCUCAAACCAGAUAUAAUUUACAGCUAGUAUCGGGUGUUGCUCUACUUGUUGUUACUAUCGUAAUUGGCAGAAUCAAUGGAACCCUUUGGCUUAAUUUUGCUCCGCCAACUCCAAAACAGUAAAUUAUAUCAUUAAUUAAUUAGGUACUCAAAAUGUAGCAUAUAAUAAGUAUUAUAAGUUGUAAUAUUCCACUUGAACGAAUAAUACAGCACUUUUGUUCGUGA